GUAACUGCGGCUUUUAGUCAAGCUCCACUGUAGUCUUGCUGGUUGCUGCUGCUGCCGUCUGUUGUUGCCCCUUUUGUUUAGCGCUCUUUUUGUGGCAUUUCUCGUCUUUCGUGCUGACACGAAUCAUCAGCAAGCGGAGCCAAUCCACAUCUACCAAUUUCUAAGCCGAGAUCGAGUCAGUUGGCAUUCGGCUGUGGAAGAGCGUGGAAGCAGGCCCAGAACCGAAAGCGAAAACGAAACUGAAACCGAAACAGAAACAGCAACAGAAGCAGAAGCAGAAGAACCACAAACCCGCUGCGAUCGCAUGGGGAGGGGAAUUUAUGUGGAACGCGGAGGGGCAAGAACUGAAAGCUCAGCUGGAAAGCAGGGCCAAGAAAAUGUGCUCGCUGCUGACCGUGGUAACGUGAUACACGCUUAGGACUGGGCCAAGACGGCAUGCUCCUCCUGCGCCAGCCGCAGCUGCCACGUUCAAAAUAGAAAGUUGCUGCCAAAGAUGAAAGAGAGUACCGCUAUUGCCACAGAAUAAUGAGCGAAUCCGAACCUAAUAGCCUGGAGUUCAUUGAAGACUCCUAUCUGCCUGGCAUCGAUGAUCUCACCAGCACACCGUCGCUGGAUCUGGAAACUAGCGAAUCCGUCUUGGACUGGUACGAAGAUGGGCAGGAGGAGAGCGAAGCUGAGCUAUAUCUGCGUAAUCUGACGCUCGACCAGAUAUUCUACGAUGUGGAUUCGGACUACACGAAUAGCCUGGAACUGCAGGCCGUGGAGGCGGACUUCAUUGGUGCCAAGUUGGCCAAUCAAGCACCAUCCUCAUCGAUGGCCAAACGCUUCCGGUUGAAGUUCUUUGCCAAGCGAACCAUGCGCGACGUUAAGGUCACGUUCAUAGACUUCUCCAAGCCGUAUCUGGCGAAAAUAUCGAACAGUGAUAACUACAAGAGAUUCCUCAACAUUGCGCAUAGAAGUAGAGUUUCCUAUGACAAAGUCUUUGAGGAAGUUGCUUUCAAAGGAGAUAAUACAGCCAACCUGUCGGAGCCAGCAUCUCCAGCUAAUUCUGUGGCGUCCGCAGAAAUUGCCGCCGAGUUCGCUGCGCUUUCCGUCGAGGAAAAGGAGCAGCGUCGGGCCGAGUGGAGUCAGGAGCUCGCCCGCGUUGAGGAGGAGAUCAACACGCUGCGAACUGUCCUAGCGUCUAAGACGCGCCAUGCCUCCGAUCUCAAGCGCAAGCUGGGCAUCACCGUCUGGAAGGAGGUGACGGACGACAUGAACCAGGGCCUUAAGAACCUCAAGGAGAGCACUGUUUACCAAUCGGUGGAGCAGAGCGUGGGCACGUUUACUAAAACGGUGUACGAGGCACCACUAUACCAACGCACUGAGUCGGUGUUAAAGUCCACGGGCGAGAAGACCGCCUCGGUGUUUGGCAGCAUCACCAGUGGCAUUUCGUCGAAACUGUCGCAAAUGAAAAACUCUGAAUCGAUGCGUUCUAUCGAGGCUUCGGUGGGCUCUGCCUACGAGAACGUUAAAGUAAGCUAUGAACACAACAAUUUUAUGUGCCAAUCUCAUGCGACCAAGGUGACAUCCCGCUCGGGUUCGGUAUCCAGUUUCCCAGAUGCCCUGGACGAGAACAACACAUCCUCGGGUCUGAAUUCACCCACAGACUCAAUCACUAAAUAGAUUUCGGGGCAACUGCAAGGCCAAGCGCGUCGAUAAUGUGGAGCAACCUAUACUACACACAAACAGACCCACGCACCCACUCUAUUAACUUAUUUAACUAAAGCGAAUUGUCGUGUCUGCGCACUAACAAAAGGAUCAGAAUUUAUUUAACCAGAAAUCAUAUAUACACGUGUGUCGAUACGGUUUAUAUAACUUAAUAUAACUAAAAUCUGCGAGUCAUAUUUUUGUUUGCCAAGGGAACCACAUAUUAUACGCAUCUAUUUGUAUUUGCCUUGAAGACACCAUCGAAUUGCAUGAUUUGUUUAAAUUUAAAGCCACGCUGGAUCGAAGAUCAAAGGGCUUGCUACAUUCGUUUAUAUAACUAUCGAUCUAAGUGUACGUUUAAAGACUAAACCACAUUGGGUGUCCCAACCUGAUGUCAUUCCCAAAUGUUUCCAAUAUUUAGUAAAGAACUUUAGCAAAUCAAGCAUUGCGGUUAAAGUGAA